UGGUGGAUUCAAACUGCUGACCUUUUGGUUAGCAGCCAAGCUUUUAACCACUGUGCUGCCAGGGCUCCCUUUAUGGGCUGUUUCCCCCUAAUUCUGCUUGGAAAGAUGGAAAAAGUCCUGGAUUGGAAGCCAAGAGGCACCUUGCAGUCAAGCGGACCUGAUCUCUCAUUUGAGUUCUGCUUCUAACAUCCCCUGUGACUCUGAGCAAGAUUCUCCCUGGGUUUUCUUAUUUGUAAAAAUGAGGGCAUUGGAUGCAAACGUUCUUUAGUAGGCUUUCUAUUUCCCAAAUCAAUAAAUCGAUACUUGUCCUCCAGCCUUUCAAAUUUUCUUAAAGCAUCCAAGCUUAAGAGCGGCUAUUUAAAAUAUUGUUUUAUUACCAAAGGGCUACAUGCUCAUUUGGGAAAAUUUGGAAAACAUUUGGAAACCUAAGGAAGAAAAGUUAAAACACCUAUAAAAUCCACCACUUCAAGAUAACCCCAGUCAACAUCUUGGAAAAAAUAAUCUUUUGCAGUGCAUAUAAAUAUAUUCUUUAACUGGAUCAUACAGUGUAUACUUUCUCUAACCUACUAUUUUUUAGAAAAGAAUACAUCUUUAGCUUAUUUUUCCUUAUCCUUCUUGAUUGCAUCACAGUAUGCUAGUACAGGAUACAUAAUCUGUAGGAUUCACCCUCAUAGCUAGACUCUUAGGUUGUUUAAAUAGUAACUUUCAUUAAUGGAGAAUAGUUAUGGCUCCCAAAACUUAAAGUGCAUUUUUAGAAAGUAUUGAAUCUUUUUCUGAAGGUUAAAUAUGAGUCCCCCGGAUCCAAAAGAUAUUUUUCUUUUAAACAUUUUACAUUAAACAUUUUUGAUAUUUCCAAAUUUUCAUGUUUCCCAUCUCUCAACAUCUAGCUUUUGGAAAUAAAAAAUUAAAGUUCUACCUAGAAAAAUGUGAUUUUGGGUUGAUACAGACAGCAAAUUCUAGAUACUUCUUUAACAAAUGGCAACCGGCUUGCCCUGUGAAGCUCUGGGGUUUGCAUCUGCAUUCUGAAGUUUCUUCAUUCGUUUGCUCGCUCAGUGCAUUUUUGAGUGUUUAUUGAGCAUGUUCGAUGUGCCAGCCACUGUGCUAGGGGUCAGUCCUAUGAACAUGGAAGUCAGACUUUCUGCUUAUAAGAAGCUUACAAUCUAAUUAAAAUUGCUGUUAGCUGCCAUCAACCUGGCCCCUGACUCAUGGUGACCCCAUGCACAACAGAAAAAAACUCUGCUUGGUCCUGCACCAGGUCCUCUGCUGUCCACAUGAUCAGUUGUGUAUUGGACCAUUGCAAUCCGUAGAGUUUUCACUGGCUGAUUUUCAGUAGAUUGCCAGGCCUUUCUUCCUAGUCUGUCUUAGUCUGGAAGCUCCCCUAAAACCUGUUCAGCAUCAUAACAAUAUGCUAACUUCCACUGACAGAAAGGUGGCAGCUGAACUUGAGGUGUAUUGGCAGAGAAUUGACACCAGGUCACCUACACGGGAGAUUAAAUUAAAAUACCUUGAGGUACCAUAUUUUUAGGCAAAUAACGAGUGCCUUCUACAUUUCUUCACCAGCCGUGCCCUCCCCCCACCCCAGGUAUUUUUGUAUGCUAAUUUUUUUACAGCAACAUUGUUUGCUUUAAAAUAUGGUAAAUGCAGUGUUAGAUAAGGGCCAGCAGAGAAGAACAGAAGAGGGAUCCCAACCCAGCCCAGAAGGGUAGGAGUGGUCAGGUAAAUGCCACAGCUGCUGAAUUAUAGCUGGGCUGGCUUCCUCCUGUUGCCUGUAGGAUCGUGUGAAGUAGCUCCAGCCGAAGAUGUGUGAAGAAGAGGACAGCACCGCCCUGGUGUGUGACAAUGGCUCUGGGCUCUGUAAGGCCGGCUUCGCUGGGGAUGAUGCUCCCAGGGCUGUUUUCCCAUCCAUUGUGGGCCGUCCUAGACAUCAGGGGGUGAUGGUGGGAAUGGGUCAAAAAGACAGCUACGUGGGUGAUGAAGCACAAAGCAAAAGAGGAAUCCUGACCUUGAAGUACCCAAUAGAACACGGCAUCAUCACCAACUGGGACGACAUGGAAAAGAUCUGGCACCACUCUUUCUACAAUGAACUUCGGGUUGCCCCUGAAGAGCAUCCAACUCUGCUCACCGAGGCGCCCCUGAACCCCAAGGCCAAUCGAGAGAAAAUGACCCAGAUCAUGUUUGAGACCUUCAAUGUCCCAGCCAUGUACGUAGCUAUUCAGGCUGUGCUGUCCCUCUACGCCUCCGGACGUACCACUGGCAUUGUGCUGGACUCUGGGGAUGGUGUCACCCACAACGUUCCCAUCUAUGAGGGCUAUGCCCUGCCCCAUGCCAUCAUGCGUCUGGACCUGGCUGGCCGAGAUCUCACCGACUACCUCAUGAAGAUCCUGACUGAGCGUGGCUAUUCCUUUGUGACUACUGCUGAGCGUGAGAUUGUCCGGGACAUCAAGGAGAAACUGUGCUACGUAGCUCUGGACUUCGAAAAUGAGAUGGCCACUGCAGCGUCUUCCUCCUCCCUGGAGAAGAGCUACGAGCUGCCCGAUGGGCAGGUGAUUACCAUUGGGAAUGAGCGUUUCCGCUGCCCGGAGACUCUGUUCCAGCCAUCCUUCAUCGGGAUGGAGUCUGCUGGUAUCCAUGAAACCACCUACAACAGCAUCAUGAAGUGUGAUAUUGACAUCCGGAAGGAUCUCUAUGCUAACAACGUCCUCUCAGGGGGUACCACCAUGUACCCUGGCAUUGCCGAUCGGAUGCAGAAGGAGAUCACGGCCUUAGCACCAAGCACCAUGAAGAUCAAGAUCAUUGCCCCUCCGGAGCGCAAGUACUCUGUCUGGAUCGGCGGCUCCAUCCUGGCCUCUCUGUCCACCUUCCAGCAGAUGUGGAUCAGCAAACAGGAGUAUGACGAAGCCGGGCCCUCCAUUGUCCACCGCAAAUGCUUCUAAAACACGUCCCUGCUCUGUCUGUCUCUAGCACAUAACUGUGAAGGUUUUGUGGAAUACUGUCUUAGUUCCUUUCCAAUUCAUUCCUAGCCAAAGCUCUGACUGGCUACCUAUGUGUUUUUUAAAUAAAUCUGAAAUGUGCUAUCAGUAAUAUGCUGACUUUGGCGUUUAUCAUCCCGCUGAUCUCACUUGUUACAGGGUGGCCCCCUCUAGUGGCCAACGGAGGCUACAACACAACUAGGAUGGCUAUGUUUCCCAUGCAAAGGACUGUUUGUGUUAGUAGCCAUCAAGUCAGUUCUGACUCAUGGCGACCUCAUGUGUGCAGAGUAGAACUGCUCCAUAUGGUAUUCAAGGCUGUGACCUUUU